AUGGGGGCAAAAUUGUCUUUGACCAAACUCAACAAGAAUGAUCCAGACCUAGGGGUUUGUGUGAUCAAAUCCAAGGAACCCAAGGUUUGUGGUGUCCCUAGCUGCCAGGUGUCGGCUCCACACGGCACAUUUAGCUUCUGUGGUCACACACCCCCUUCUGCCUCCCAUAGCCUUUUGAUUCCUGUUUCAUGGCUGGCU